AAUGGCAACAACAUCUCAUUCCAACCACAAGUAUACCAAUCGACUUGCUUCUGAGCAAAGCCCUUAUCUUCUUCAACACGCUCAUAACCCAGUUGAUUGGUAUCCAUGGGGUGAAGAAGCUUUCGCCGAAACUCGCAAGCGAGAUGCACUUAUCUUCUUAUCAAGUGGGUACAACACUUGUCACUGGUAUGUAUGUAUGACUGGAAACCCCUAUUUAAAAGAACUCAAGGAAGAUGGAAAAAUGUAUAUCAAGGCAGUGGUUUGAAUCAGAACUCCCGUGGAUGCAACAACUGCUUGUGGCUUAAUCAAUAAUCCGCAGAGUAAAAUCAUGAUUUCGUACCACCACCAUUCAAGGCAAACUGAAAUGCAUCUUGGAAUUGCCAAAUUCAAGAAUGCUUUCCAACCCUUGAAGCAACCCCAAGAAAUACCACUCUAUGUUUUCUUGUGUAUCCCUGAAACCCGAGAUUUAUCCGGGUACACCCCUACUUUCCAGAUCUUAAGAAAU